AUGCAGAGUCCCCUUCCGAGGGCGAGCUGGGCCCGGUCUCCCGCCGCUCGCAGAGUGGCCGCUUGGCUGCCGCAUCCGGCCGACCCUCCAGGCUCCCGCGCUGACCCGCGCCCGGGGCUGGGAGCCCGCAGGAGAGAGUCGCCACCGUCUCCGCCCCCGCACCGUCCGGGGCGGGCCCAGGAGCGGUCCGCAGGGCAGCGGUCAGCUGCGGGGAGGCGGGACACGUCACGCUCUCCCGGACGCCGCGGAGAGUCCCUGGGGCGCACCCGCGGGGAGGGGGCGAGAAGGCGCCGGGGCAGCGGCCGAGCAGGGCGCGGGGCAGCGGCGUGCGGGUGGCCCGACCCGUGGGCGGCCGGCGGGAGCCGCGUUCCUCCCUCUUCGCGUCGGAGACCCACAGCCCGGCUGACCGGGCCAGGAAGCGUUAAGCCCAGCAGAAGGCCGGGGCGGCGGGGGCGGGCACUUGCCGUGUCCGGGGCAACUAGCAAAGCAAAGGAACUCACCAAACGGGAGAGGAGGGAGAACCCUGUCCCAGGAAACGUGCAGAACAGGGGAACCAGGAUGCCCAGACGGCUGCAGCAAGACCGGAAGGGCUGGUCAGGAGGGACCUGUUCCAGUGAAUGGCAAGUGGCCAGCCUUGGGCGGAGGCAGCCUACCACGUCGUGUUGUAAUUCAGAGUCAUGAAAUGGGCUGAUAUUUCAGAGAAAUCAAAAAAUCCAGUUCGACAGACAGUGUGGCUAACUGUGUUCUGUAAGAAGCGUCCUAUUUACUUGGCAGGGCCCUGGCCUGGGGAGAGGAAGGGUGCACAGGAAAUUGCAAGAAGAAAGUUGUCCUCGUGGAAGGGAAGGUGGCUGCAGAAAGCAAACCCCAGGAAGACGGCUGCCUGGGGGCUACUUCAGCUCGCCGGGACUCUGUUCUGGGGCCCGGAAUGUGAAGGGCUUUCCCAGUAGGGCCAGCAGAAUGUACUGGGUCACUUUCACAGCCAACAGGCCCAUUUCACAUCACCAGCCACUAUCUCAGCCCCUACCC